GGCUCCUCAUCUCCUCCUUCUUCAUCUCUCUCUCUCUUUCGGUGCUAGCUGCAGCAUGAGCGAUCUCCCGCCGGCGGCGGCGAUGGGGGGCGAGCGGGACAUCGAGCUGGGCCUUCCCACCACCAACACCACAUCAGGCUACACGCGUCAGCACAUUCUCGAAGACAUCCGCCAGUUCUCGACGCUGCUGGGCAGCACGCCCACGAUGCUUCACAAGCUCAAGAAAGCCAACGAGGAGUUGAAAUCGGCCGCUGAAUCUGCUGCAGUGAAAGAAAUCAGGGGGCGCAUGGAGAAAGACAUGGACGAGGCGGCGAAGAUGGCACGGAUCAUGAAAGAGAAGCUAAGCAGAAUCUUCCCAAGGUGUGCUGGUUCCAGUUCUGAACAAUAUGUCAACCGGUCAUGCUGCAUAUCCAGGGACCCUGGAUCCGUCAACACUGUCCAUCAUCACGGCACUGAAGAUGAAGCUUAAGGAAAGAAAGAAAGAUCUUAAGAAUCUGGGAAAAGCUAUCCAAGAAGAGUACAUAGAAGUGGUUCAGAGCAGGAUUUUCACAGGUGAGGAACUGAACUUGGUUCAACUUUCUUCAUUUUGCUUUCUGGUUGCUCAGAACUUGUGUAUGAAUGGCCUUGCGCUGCGUUACCCUUUUUUGUGAGAACUCUGAACUUUGUGCUUGCCGUGGACAGUCACCUGAGUAAAGCUCUCUGAUGAGGUAAGCAUCAUGCUACCUGUACUACUGCACUAGGUACUCCCAUCUCACUGCCAUGGCACAAAACAUAAGCAGGUGAUUCGCGUGAUCGACACCAGCAGCAUCAUGCAGAUCUUUGAGCACAGAGUUCAUGGAAUAGGUCCAGAGCAGGCCAGCGCCAUAGGGGAGGAAAUCAAGGAGCGGCGUGCUGCAGCCAUGGAUCUCGGCAAGAAGGCUGUUGAGGUGCAAAAGAAUUUCAGGGAGAUGCUGGCGCUUGUCAAGGCGCAGGAGAAAAUAGUCAAGGCACUGAGUCAGGUCCGUCAGAGUGCUGAGGCCCGUGCACGAUCUAUUGCGGAGAAUCUGGCCCGUGCACGAUCUAGGGUCGAGGAGCUGCGCCAGGAGAUGGAGGAGACAAAGCUGCUCAUCGCACUGGUUGUGAUCCUCUUCUUGUUGUGCAUCGUCGCGGUUACCCACGGAAUCUCCGGCGACCACUUACGGAGUAGUACUUGUUCCUACCUAGUACUUCCAUUGCAUGGCACGCAACUGGGAUUUUAGAACAAUUUUAUAUCGUGGCAUGGCAGCAGUGACUUGUUUCGUGACUUUCGUGGGAGUGGUAUGCUAGUAGAACUUCUGGGAUUGCUGUAAUAAUGUCCAAUCAUGUGUGUGCGCGGGCGUUGUUUCCUCGACCGUGUGGAGAUGCUUUCCUCGACCGUGUUUCCCAACACGUAGUAUUUGCUUAGUUGUGUGGAGAUGCUUU